GAGAGAGAGAGAGAGGGGGAAAGAGAGAGAGUGAGGGAAAGAGAGAGAAAGAAAGAGAGUGAGGGAGGGUGAGUGAGGAUCAUAUUUAGGCUACUGCCGCUCUCCUGUCAAAUAAGCGCUUCACUAAACAGAUCAAAAUGACUAGUCAGUUCAAAGAAGAUAUCCACGACCGGGGAGAAUGUAAGAGUAAAUCGCCCACUCUGCUCUCCUCCUAUUGUAUAGACAGUAUUCUGGGCCGACGGAGCCCCUGUAAAGUCAGGCUGAUAGGGGCGCAAAGUUUGACAGCUCUACCCGGGAGACAGGAGCACGACAAGCAGACCGAAGGCUCGACUAAAGAUCCCCUAUCACUAGACACAGACAUGCACCUUCCAUCAAAGAUGCGCCGGCUCUACGGACCAGGGGGGAAGUACCUGGACCACGGCCGGGGUUUAGUUCACGACCUAGGGGAGAAAUUGGACAAGGAGAGGCUCCUGGUGGACCAAGCCUGCGAGAGCCUCAAAAUCAUCCAGGCUCCACAGGUGAGCAUCAGCCGGAGCAAAUCGUACCGGGAGAACGCGUCCCUGAUCCGGGGAGAGGGAGGCCAGAGUCCCACUGAAGGGCCGGAAGAUGGGCCUGGACUAAGGCUGGGCGAGUUAGGGUCGAUGAAGUUUGACGAGGACGCGGGAAAAGAGGAGGAGAGCUGCGGGGAGGCGAUGGGUCUCUCCCCGAAGGACGACGAGAGGGAGAGCCUCCACGCCGGGGAUGGAGACGUGAGGGACGGCGAGGACAGCGUGUGUCUGUCCGCAGGCAGUGAUUCGGAGGAAGGAAUGCUAAAACGCAAGCAAAGAAGAUACAGGACUACAUUCACCAGCUAUCAGCUGGAGGAGCUGGAGAGGGCUUUCCAGAAGACACACUACCCCGAUGUUUUCACMAGAGAAGAGCUUGCGAUGCGGCUGGAUCUGACCGAGGCGCGCGUCCAAGUAAAAUUAGCUGACAGUGUGAUGCUGACAACCAAGCUGUUAGCGGAGGUGCCAAAACAGACACACACACUCCAAACACAUGGCAUGUAUCUCAAUAAUCUAAAGUGGCUUCCUCUUCUUAUAUCCUUUUUUUUCUGCACUGGUGUAAAAAUGCUGGUGAUUGCAAAUACCUGGAGAAGCCAUUCACAUUCUUGUCUAACACUCUCUUCUUUCUCCCAUCCCUUCAUCGGUCAUCCCUGCUUCUCUUUCAGGCUCUUCUCCAGUAUGGGCCCUCUGACCAGUGCAUCCACCGCCGCCGCACUCCUCCGCCAGCCUGCCCCGCCCGUCGAGACUCCCUCCAUCCCUCCGCCAGUCCUCUCCGAACCUUCCUCCUCCUCUCCCUCCUCCUUAGCUGCAGCGGAUCGCAGGGCCUCCAGUAUUGCAGCUCUGAGGCUGAAGGCUAAAGAGCACUCUGCUCAGAUCACCCAGCUCAACAUCCUGCCAAGCGGAGCUCCAGGGAAGGAGGUGUGCUGAACAGCUGUUACCCCACCCAGCACUCUCUUUCCUAGGCUUCUGUCCAUCACCUGUUCCCCCCUCUCCACCUCUCAUAUCCCUGCAGAUCUGGGAAAGGAGUGGUGGAUGGAUCCAACCCUGACCCCUGAUCUCUGUCUCCUAAACCCUGAUCCUCUCUGGGCUGAAGACUCCUUUCCCAACAGCCCCCCCCCCCCACCUUACCCAUACCUCUUACCCUCAAACAAAAAGCACGACCAAAUUCAAAUAGCACUGGCAAACCGAAGCGCUGUGUGUGUGUGUGUGUGUGUGGUGAGCAUCAUCCCCCCUCCCCCCCACUCUUCCAGGUCUCCUGGAUGAGCGUAACCUUUAGCUGUAGAGCCCUUUCGUCCAGAAUCUGACACACAAACACCUCCAUAUGUGUGUAACCCAUCUCUAGCUCAUGCUUCCUGGUUCACAAAGUCCACUUUCUUUUCUGUGACAGAUAUAAACUACGAUCUCAGCGGGGUAAACUCCCAUGACUACCUGCUGGUUGGCACACAACACACACACACACACACACACACACACACACACACACACACACACACACCACACACACACACACACAC